AUGGCCUCCGUUACCAACCUCGACAAUGACAUGCGCAACUUGCGCCUGUCCCGCUACACCCCUCAGGCUGCAAACGAAGCUCGCGCAUGGAUAGAGAAUACUCUGGGCGAGAAGCUACCGCCUGGCGACUUGCUUGAUGCAUUGAAAGACGGCGUUGCGCUAUGCAAACUUGCGAACAGAGCGAUUCAACCUCAACAUGGAGCCAUCAAGUUCAAGGCCAGCCCGAUGCCGUUCAUUCAGAUGGAGAAUAUCAGCCAUUUCUUGAGAGCCUGCGAGAUGCCGCCUCUCAAUCUCCCCGCGCACGACCGAUUCUUGACCGUGGACUUGUUCGAGCAGAAGGAUCCGGCGCAAGUACUGCAAUGUUUGGGCGCAUUCAGCAGGCAGGCACACAACUUGAACCCUUCGAAAUUUCCUUCUACGAUUGGACCUCGGAAGACAGGUACAGCUAUGUCACCUUCGACGACUGGAUCCGGUAUAGGAGGGUAUGUGAAUGGAGGAAGCAUGCGACGUCCAGCCAGCCCAACCAAGCCGUCUGCCAUGGCUCCAUCUUGGACGGGUGGCUCGGCGGGCUCGAACGGUGGGACAAAGUCGCCUUCUGGACCAGUUAGUAGCUGGAGUAAGAAGAGCGACGAGUCAAAAACGGCGCCUGCAUGGAACAUUCACCAGUACGGCUAUAUGGGUGGUGCUUCACAAGGCAACCAAGGCAUCAAUUUUGGCGCAAGACGACAGAUUGUGAACUCGGGGCCAGCGGUACCCAGUCUGGCUGAGAAGGAGAAGUUACGAAGGGAGAAAGAAGCAGAUGCAGAGCGACAACGUCAGCAUGAGAAUGAACAGCAAGAGCGCCGGAGACGACAAGCAGAGGAAGACGAGGAGAGGGCUAGGAUCGAGGAGGAGAGGCGAUGGGAGGAAGAGACUAGGAGACAGCGGGAAGAAGAGCGUAGGAGGCUCGAAGACCAGAAACGGCAAUGGGAAGAACAAGAGCAGAGAUGGAAGGCCGAAGAGGAGGUACGGCGGAAGGAAGACGCUGCCCUGCAAGCGUCGUUAUCUAAGCGAGCACCUGAAAAGCCGAGAGUCCCCAGCUCGAGCAUAUUGAGGGGACAGACACUGGCCGAGUAUCAGAAGGAGCAGGCGUCACUUUCAAGAAGCACGGAUGGGCCGGCCGAACCCACCGAGACACCCGAGCAAAAGAGAGUACGAGAGCUCGAGAGGCAGCUUGAAGAGGCACGCGAACGAGAGCGCCAAUAUCAGACUGAGCGUGAAGAACGUUUACGCAAGGGAGGAAGUGAAGGCUCCCGACCAAGUACCGCCGAGACUGCACGACCUGAGAGCGCUCAUGAGAGCGAUGUCAGCUGGGCAGGAGACGAGCGCGAGUACUUGCGAAAACAAUGGCAAGACACACAAGCUCCGAGACCAACUCAAGUCGGUUCGCAACGACCACUGCCAACGCAGCCGCAAGCACCACCAAGCCUGCCACAGAGGCCUCUCCCCGAACCCGCAGCAGAGGAACCACCACCAGCUCUACCGUCUAGAUCACAACCCUCACCAUUCAGCACUCGCCCACUUCCAACCCCUAACAAGGACCCCGAAGCCUUCGAGCCCCAGCAAUCCAAACCCAACAGGACGGACCAAUUCCUCGCCACAACUCCUGCACCCACAACCAGCGGUCCCCGAAUUUCUUCAUCCCAGGAAGCAGGCGACACCUCCCUCGAACAGCAACAGCUCCGCGACAACCGCGUCGCCUCCCAGCAAAAGACGAAGGCCGGCGGUUGGGCCAGCAAGUCCCUUCUCGAGCGCGAAAUGGAACGCGAACGUGAGCGCCAGAAGGAAUGGGAGACGAAUCAGCAGGCCAUUAAGAAUGCACCGAGGGAUAGCAAUCAAGGGACGGGUGAAGGCCAGACGUGGGAUAUCCAUCAGUAUGGGUAUAUGGGUGGUGACAGCCAGAAUAAAGGCAGUGGAGUUGGUAGUGGGAUUAAUUUUGGUGGGAGGAGGCAGAUUAUUGGGCCUAGGCCGCAGAAGUGA